AUAUUUCCAAUAAUUCCAUUCAUAUUCCGUCGCCGUUGUCCUCCUCUCCAUGGCAGCUAUCCCCCAUCCAAACCCUAACCCGAAUUUACUCUCCCCCAUGCUCCAGCCAUCCCUCGAGCAACAGCCGCUGGAUGAAGAAACUGCUACUGAGAAUGUAAAAGAAAGUCCCGUGUCUUCUAUUGAUAAUUCAAUUGUCUCGAACCCGAAUACAAAUCCAGUGUUGAUUGACCGGUCGACGACGGCGCUCCUCCACGUGUCGUUCAACCAGGACUAUAGCUGCUUUGCUGCCGGCACUGAUCGCGGGUUCCGUAUAUACAAUUGCGAUCCCUUUGGUGAGAUGUUUCGACGUGAGAUUGAUGGCAACGGUGGAGUCGGCGCUGUUGAGAUGCUAUUCCGUUGUAAUAUCUUUGCCCUUGUCGGCGGUGGUGAUUCCCCACAGUAUCCGCUUAAUAAGGUUAUGAUCUGGGAUGAUAAUCCUAACCGGUGUAUCGGGGAGCUUUCUUUCGGGUCGGAGGUUCGUGGGGUUCGGUUGAGGAGGGACCGGAUUGUGGUUGUCCUUGAGCAGAAGAUUUUUGUGUAUAAUUUUGCAGAUUUGAAAGUAUUGCAUAAGAUUGAGACUACUGCGAACCCUAAGGGGCUAUGUGCAGUGUCGCAUGUGGCUGGAUCAUUUGUGUUGGUGUGUCCAGGGCUGCAGAAGGGACAGGUUAGGGUGGAGCAUUAUGCUUCGAAGAGGACUAAGUUUAUUAUGGCUCAUGGUUCAAGGAUUGCGAGCUUUACGCUGUCACAAAAUGGAAAUUUGCUUGCCACUGCCAGCACAAAGGGGACCCUGGUUCGAAUUUUCAAUACACAUGAUGGGACUUUAUUACAGGAGGUAAGGAGGGGUGCAGACAGAGCAGAAAUAUACAGCCUAGCGUUCUCACCUACUGCCCAUUGGCUGGCAGUCUCAAGUGAUAAGGGUACCAUUCAUGUCUUCAGCCUUAAGGUUAACGCAGAAAACCUUGGAAAUGCUAGGUCAAGCAGUCCUUCAGAUUCAAAUUCUGCUGUGACUUCACCAAUUUCAUCACUCUCUUUCAUUAAAGGAGUACUCCCCAAGUAUUUUAGCUCUGAAUGGUCCAUGGCUCAGUUUCGUUUAAUUGAAGGUUCCCACUAUAUCGUGGCAUUUGGUCAUCAAAAGAAUACAGUAAUAAUUCUUGGCUUGGAUGGAAGUUUUUAUCGGUGCAAGUUCGACCCAGCCACUGGUGGAGAGAUGACGCAGCUUGAAUAUCAUAAUUUCCUAAAGCCUGAUGAAGCUUUCUAGGAGAGUUAUGCACAGUAUAUGUUUUCUGCAGUUAUCCUUUUUCCCUGCUGGUUUCUUGGAUUGCCAUUUUGUAAAUAUCCAGGUGUAAAUGUAACCAGCAGUCUCAAACUGGUCACCAAUCCAUAACUAUUUUUGCAAAAACAAAUGUGAUGGGAAUCCUAUUAGUAAUCAUUAGGUUUUUUUUACUUUUCAAAUUGGAGUCUUAUAUUAGGAAAUAAAAUUAUGGUUUGAUUUGAUA